UUUCGACCGGUCAGGGGAGAGCUCAAAGCGCACAGGAUUUGACAGAUGUUCGAAUCGGACAAACUGCACCGCAACGAGAGAAUUGGGGAGCAUUUCAGAUUUACAUAGUGGUAGCCCAUAUACGACAAAAUGUCAGGACAAAAGAGUGCGAAUCCGUGUCAUAAAUUCCAAGCGAACAUUUUUUAUAAAAGUAAAUGUCAGAACUGCUUCAAGUCUCGGGAGCUGCAUCUUCCAACUGAUCAUGGUAAGGACCAGGCCAAACCCAUCUAUGGAGGCUGGCUCUGCUUGGCUGCUGAGGGGACAGACUUUGACAAUCCAAUUCAGAGGUCAAGGAAAUGGCAGCGACGAUUCUUCAUCCUGUAUGAACAUGGCAGCAUGAGCUUUGCACUGGACGAGUUGAAAAGCACUCUGCCACAAGGAACAGUGAACAUGAAUCUGUGUACAGCGGUGAUUGACGCAGAGCCUAAGACAGGCCAGAGGAACGCUUUGUGCAUCAUCACACCUGAACAGGAGUUCUUUAUCCGGGGGGAGAACAAGGAGAUCAUCAAUGGCUGGAGUGAACAACUAGUCGUUUACCCACGGACCUAUAAGCAGAAUCAGAAGAAGAAACGUAAAGUAGAACCCACUACUUCCCAGGAGCCCAGCCCAGCAAAGAUGGCUGCCACUGAGCCCAGUUUCUCAGUCAUGAAAAGUGGUGACCCUUGCCCAGCCUGUGGCAGAGAGAGCGUCCCAGUGGGGGUCCAGAUGUGGCCCCUGUCUGGACUGUGACAGAUACUGAUCCCCUGGGCCUGGACGAGACCCCUGCAGCCUCCAGUGACUCCCUGACCUUUGACGGUAGUCUGCGGCUCUCCAACGGCUCCUGUAUCAGUAGCUCUGUGAGUUCCCUGGACUCUGUGGCCAGCAAGGGGACUGACACCAGCAGCGACAGCCAGCCCACAGAGCCUACGCCAUACAGAG